AUGUAUAAAGGAUAUAUAGAAAAGAUGUUCAAAGAAUUUCAAGUCCAACCAAUUUAUUUGCCUUUUGAAUUCUAGUAGAACGGAGGCGAAGGCAACAUCAUUAUGGAUAUGGAUUUAGUCAGAUAGGUAAGAAUAUGAUUUUGAAUAAAGUUAGACUAAUUCAUCAAGUAAAACAUGAACUAAAAUAAUGAACACACAAUCCAAUAAUUUAUACGGAUGUUUUCAGUUCAAUUACUCUUACCUUUGCAUGUGGUUGAUGAAUUAUUAAACACCAUACAAGAAACUCCUGACUAGUAAUUUGAUGAAGAAGUGAUUGAAUCAUGUCAAAGACAAUCCAUCAAUAGAAUUAAAGAACAGACUCAAUUAGAAGAGAUGAAAUUCAUAACCUAAUUAGAAUUGUAGAGUGAAUAAAAGCAUGAAUAACAAAUAUUUAUUGAUGAGAUGAAAGAAGCAAAAUUGAUCGUCCCUUUGGCAAAUUUAAAAUAAUAUCCAUUAGGCAGAACCUCAAUCACAAUUAGAGCAAAACUAUUUAAUAAACCAAUAAUAGAAAAAGAACAAUUGUAAAUCAUUGGUGAUUAUUGUCUCUAAUUCAGAGAUGAGAGUGGAAUGUGCUAAGUGUUCUUCACCAAGAAUCGAAUAAAGGAGAAGUUUUAACUGUAUUAUGAAAACCUCCAAGUUUAAACUGUUUAUGACAUUAGUGAGAUGGAAAUCCAUCAAUUUAAAUAGACAUAUGAGAUCAAAGUCACUUCAAAUACAUAAUUUAAAUUAUACACUAAGGUACCUGUCUUAGAGCAAUUGCCAAGUGCAUUAAGUUAUAAUCUAAAGAAUGGAGAGGAGAUUAUAGUUGCCGGUAUGGUUGCAGAAAUAGGUGAAUUGAGAUAAUAAAAUAAGAAGUUAACUCUAUACACUUUGCCCAUUGAUACCAACACAGAAUACUAUAAGAUACCCUUAAUCUUAUGGGAUCAAUAUAAACUGUUGAAUUUUAAGGUAGGCGAUGUUUAUGUUUUUGAAGGUGUAUUAUUAAAAAUAUAUACUGAUGUUAUUGAGUUAAAAUCAUUGAGAACUAGGUUUAAGGUUUAUACUGAAGGAGAUGAGAAGUAUCAGGAUAUUAUAAAGCAAAUCAUAGAUAAAAAACACAAUUGGCUCUAAAAGGAAAAUCCAGAGAUCCAAAUUGAAUAGGUAGUGCAAUAGCCAGCAUUUUUGAUUGACAUUCAUUAGUCUAUCAAUUGUGCUUAUUUCAAUACCGUAGUUAAAAUAUUGAAGGAUAUGCCAGCCAUAUUUUAGAUGAAAAUACAAAAGUGUGUUCGACAAUUAAUAGUUACUAGCGAUAAUAAUAAUAGUCAAGUAAUUGAAUUAGUAGGAGAUCGUUUAUGUUAAAAGAUUUAUAUUUCUGAGGAAGCUAUCAUCUUUAUUAGCUAUUUACAAAUAAUAAAUAAUAAAAUUGUGGCCAAUGAGCAUAACACUUAAAUCAGAGUGUUGCCAGAUGAUGACAUUGAUUUUGCUGAAUAAAUCUCAUUGUUAAAAUAACCAUUCUCUAAACCCUUAUAAUUAUCAUAGAAUGAAUUAGAACAAGAUGUAUUGAUUAAUGCUUAGAAAAGGAAUUCAAUCAAAAUUAAGAUCAAUUAAAAAUAGUCAGCUAAUUAAAAUUAAUUAUAAAUACCAUCUGACAGUCUUAAAAAAGGAAUAGAUAGAAAUGAAUUGAUGAAUGACAUUGUGUCCUUAUUGGAAGGUAAGACUCAUAAGAGCAGAUUCAAUAUAUUAGUUCAGAUAGAUGAAUUGUUUGAAGUCAGAUAUUAAAAGGGAAAUGUCAAACUAUAGGACCUUAGGAUAUCGGAUGAGUCAGACUCAGGAAAAAUAACAUUAUGGAAUAAUCAGAUUUGUGACUAUAAAAUUGGACAAACAAUCAGGAUUGAUCAAGUCAUUUAUGACACGAGUAAGCAAGAAUUCAAAACUACUUUUCACAGCAAAGUGAAUACAAAUGUUGCAAAUAAGAAUUUACCUGGCAAACAGAGAAAAUAGAAUUAAAAGUAAUUAGUGAUUGAUGGGGUUGAGUAUCAGAAUUUUACAUACAAUCAAGAACUUAAAAUGAUUACAGACAUAAUCAAAUUAUCAUAUAGUAUGUCAGAAGAAUUACCUUAUUAAUAUUGUAGAGCAAUGAUAUCAGAAAUACUGAUAGCCAGACUAUCUUAAUAAUGUCCACAAUGCACUUUUACUAAAUUGGUGUAAAACAAUGAUGUUUAUGAAUGUUCUGGAUAGAAUGGAAUUAAACAUAUUGUUACACUCCCAAAGAUAUUUUGUUAUUUGAAAUGUAAACUAACAGACUUUACUGCAUCUAUUGAAGUUGUAUUUGGAGAUGAGAUCUGUUAGUAAUACAUCCCUCAAAAUAUUCUUAAUGAAUUANUAUGUUUUUGAAGGUGUAUUAUUAAAAAUAUAUACUGAUGUUAUUGAGUUAAAAUCAUUGAGAACUAGGUUUAAGGUUUAUACUGAAGGAGAUGAGAAGUAUCAGGAUAUUAUAAAGCAAAUCAUAGAUAAAAAACACAAUUGGCUCUAAAAGGAAAAUCCAGAGAUCCAAAUUGAAUAGGUAGUGCAAUAGCCAGCAUUUUUGAUUGACAUUCAUUAGUCUAUCAAUUGUGCUUAUUUCAAUACCGUAGUUAAAAUAUUGAAGGAUAUGCCAGCCAUAUUUUAGAUGAAAAUACAAAAGUGUGUUCGACAAUUAAUAGUUACUAGCGAUAAUAAUAAUAGUCAAGUAAUUGAAUUAGUAGGAGAUCGUUUAUGUUAAAAGAUUUAUAUUUCUGAGGAAGCUAUCAUCUUUAUUAGCUAUUUACAAAUAAUAAAUAAUAAAAUUGUGGCCAAUGAGCAUAACACUUAAAUCAGAGUGUUGCCAGAUGAUGACAUUGAUUUUGCUGAAUAAAUCUCAUUGUUAAAAUAACCAUUCUCUAAACCCUUAUAAUUAUCAUAGAAUGAAUUAGAACAAGAUGUAUUGAUUAAUGCUUAGAAAAGGAAUUCAAUCAAAAUUAAGAUCAAUUAAAAAUAGUCAGCUAAUUAAAAUUAAUUAUAAAUACCAUCUGACAGUCUUAAAAAAGGAAUAGAUAGAAAUGAAUUGAUGAAUGACAUUGUGUCCUUAUUGGAAGGUAAGACUCAUAAGAGCAGAUUCAAUAUAUUAGUUCAGAUAGAUGAAUUGUUUGAAGUCAGAUAUUAAAAGGGAAAUGUCAAACUAUAGGACCUUAGGAUAUCGGAUGAGUCAGACUCAGGAAAAAUAACAUUAUGGAAUAAUCAGAUUUGUGACUAUAAAAUUGGACAAACAAUCAGGAUUGAUCAAGUCAUUUAUGACACGAGUAAGCAAGAAUUCAAAACUACUUUUCACAGCAAAGUGAAUACAAAUGUUGCAAAUAAGAAUUUACCUGGCAAACAGAGAAAAUAGAAUUAAAAGUAAUUAGUGAUUGAUGGGGUUGAGUAUCAGAAUUUUACAUACAAUCAAGAACUUAAAAUGAUUACAGACAUAAUCAAAUUAUCAUAUAGUAUGUCAGAAGAAUUACCUUAUUAAUAUUGUAGAGCAAUGAUAUCAGAAAUACUGAUAGCCAGACUAUCUUAAUAAUGUCCACAAUGCACUUUUACUAAAUUGGUGUAAAACAAUGAUGUUUAUGAAUGUUCUGGAUAGAAUGGAAUUAAACAUAUUGUUACACUCCCAAAGAUAUUUUGUUAUUUGAAAUGUAAACUAACAGACUUUACUGCAUCUAUUGAAGUUGUAUUUGGAGAUGAGAUCUGUUAGUAAUACAUCCCUCAAAAUAUUCUUAAUGAAUUAUAUAAAAAUCAAAUGUCAGUGGUACCAUACUUUGAUUGCUUGAUGUACAAAGAAUUUACAUUCAAAUUGUGGUUAUAAAAAUAGAAGGAUCCAUAGAGCAAGAAGAUUAAAAUCAUGAAACUAUUUUAAACAAAUUACUUAAAAAUUAUAGAUUCAUAUUUAUGA